AUGUUGAGACUCAGCAAGAACAUUAUCCGAUCAUCAAAGAACACCAGAUUUGCUCUUUUGUCUACUCAAAGAGCCACUUACUUUACUGAUGCCUUCAGUGAAAGCGAUAAAUUCGCCAAGGAAUUGAACAAAUAUCCAGUUAUUACCGAAGGUUUCGGUGGUGAAUAUGCUCAACAAUUGUUCAGACACGGUUAUAACACUAGCCAAUUGGGAUACAUCAAGUUGAGUCUCGAAGAAACCUUGUCUUUCUUCAAGAAGGAAGGUACUCCAAUCACUCAAAACAAUGCCGCUCUUACUAAAUUCUUGAAGGAUGCUGGUGUUGCUCCAGAAGUUGCUACUGAUUUGUUGACUACUGUCUAUCAAAGAGGUCAAGAAGGUAUCUUUGAUACUAUUGUUGCUCAAUUCAACAAGUUAUACAAUGCUCAUUUCCAAAUUGCUUAUGGUAAAUUGACUUUGCCACAACCACUUUCCACCAAGUAUACUACUUUCUUGCACCUUAUGAAGAUGGCUGCUGUCGGUACCCUUGCUCCAGUUAAGACUAAGGUCAACUUUACUUCAGACAUCUUGCCUUCCGAUCUCGGUGGUUGGAGAGCUGACGUCGGUGAAGACUCUAUUGAUAAGUCUUUCGUGACAGAGCUCGGUAAGAUUAUUUCUGAUGAAAAGCAAAACUCUGUUUUGAGAUCCCUCUAAAUGUAGAACAACAACAAUAAUAAUUAAAAUGGGCUUUUGGUCUUGAAGAUUUCAGCUUCUAUUGCAGAUUCUCAAAUAAAAAUUUAAAAAUUCAAUAAUUUAUUAAA